UCCCAGACAGUGAGCGAUCCCGCCGUCAUGUCUUCUCCCGAGCCUCACGUCGUCCACGCGACUCUCAACUACUUUCUCGAGCCCGAAAAGGGUGGAUAUGACGAGUUCUGGUUUGGAACGGUGGGCGAGAAGCGCCGCCCGUUCGAAUAUGUGCGAGUCCCCAUCACCGAUAUGCGUGGGCGUGAAGAGGAUUUCCAGUUGGAUACGCAUGGUUUUCAAUACGCCCGGGCGAGCAGUCGAUUGACUCCGGAAGAUACGAAUAGUCACGAGAGGAUUCGAGAAGUCUAUUAUCAGGAAUGUGCGGAUUUGAUGAAGAAGAUGACGGGAGCUUCUCGCGUACAUGUCAUGGGACAUGUCUGUCGGAAACAGAAUUGGGACACGAUGGAAGAAGUUACCAAGCACCAGGACGACAUGGAAAGAACCCUUGUCCCCACCUCUGCCCGAUACAUACACGUGGACUAUUCCUACGAUGGAGCUCGAACCCGUCUGGACUUCUACCUCCCCAAAGAAUCUGCUGAACUGAGCAAGAAACGCUGGGCCAUCAUCAACAUCUGGCGUCCCAUCUACCCCAUCACGCGCGAGAAUCUGACCUUGCUCGACGCACGCUCCAUUUCCGACGCCGAAUUACGACCCGUCAUCGCCAAAUUCCGACGUCCAGAUGACGCGGAGAAACUCCCUCCCAUCACUCGAGCAGCGUAUAAUCGCAAUGAUGUCGAGACGUGGUCGGUCGCUGCUCCGAAAACUCCGGAGCAGCAUCAAUGGUAUUACUGUUCCCACAUGGAUCCAUCCGAGGUGUUGUUCAUUAAGAUUUUCGACUCGAGUGAGGAGGAUGGCGUGGCGAGAAGGACGCCACAUACUGCUUUCACUUGUGAUGAAGAUUGUGGAGAUCAGAGGCAGAGUAUUGAGUUGAGGAGCUUGGUGUUUUGGGAUGAUUAGGCUGGGAGAGUCUUGUAGGUCUUAAUUCGGCGUCGAAGGUCCGCACAAAGCACUUCCUCGAGUCAGUCAGUACUUGACACAAUGAAGGAUAUUGUUCUAGGGCUGAGGAAAAUGUGGUCGUUGCCUGCCUCUUUCGACAUCGCUUUGCCUACGCAGCAUCGAGCGGGCUCGAUCUAUCAGUUAAUCGGUAUUAGAGACAGAGAAACAGCG